UUUUUGGUUAACAAGAAAUACAAUUUUUCAUUUUUACUAAAGCCACACAGCUGAAGCAUGAAGACUCCACUGAAAGACCUAAAAUUUCGAGACGUAUGGAGGGUCUGCAAUAAGAUCCGUGCGGCAGUUUUUCGUAUUGACCUGAACCUCUGGGAUUACUUCAAGCCCCUAGACCCCAAUAACAAUGGCCUGAUCUCAGGUAUAAAGCGGCCAAACCCCUCCAAUGCGAUAAUUUUUCCCCGAAACCUUAAGUUUCCUUCAAACAUUUUAGAGACAAAAUUUAUUGCGAUUUUCACGGGACCCUUGAGGCACUGCGUCGGUCUGUCCGACCCCGAAAUUGCAGAUUUGACGGAUUAUUUCAGCAUUCAAGAUGGCAGGAUUAUCUAUUCCCAACUCUGCCAAGUUAUUCAUGACAGUGUACCCGAGUUUAUGGGAAGGCCAAUGAUAACUGGAUUGGAGUGGGAGGAACCCCUGGCUGUCAAUCGUUUGAGUUGCUCCGAGCACAGGAAAUUAAAUCUCAUCAUAACUCAGAUUUCUAUCAAUGUUAGAAAGAGGACGCUAGUUCUCAGACCGUAUUUUCAAGAUUAUGAACUAAUAUCCAAAAAUACGGGGACAGUAACAAUAGCGCAUUUCGGAAGAAUUCUGCAUUUCCUCGGUAUAGUCCUCGCACCUGAAGAAUUUAGCCUCCUGGUAAAGAGGUUCGCUAAGGAUGGCUACACACUCAACUAUGUGGCAUUUCUCAAGGCAAUUGAUGAUGCUCAAAAUUACAUGGACGACCACGGGAUGUUGCACGUCUCUGGGGAGCUGUUGGAUCAAUUCCCGGGGCGGGUUAUCACGGCUGAAUUGCCAAAGCUCCCGCGGCCAGAAGUGGGAAGAGUGUUGGCGAGUGAAGCCUUCGGAAAGCAAUCUGUGUUUCAUCCGGGCUUGAAACGAUCGAGGGAACGAAUGCGUUUGAUAGAAAUGAUCCGUCGGAUUCAACGGCAUGUGCUGGAACGACGAAUUCGUAUUCACACAUUUCUCGAGCCCUUCGAUGAGAUGAAUGUGGGUCGAAUUACCCCGUCUCAAUUCCGCAGAGGACUUGACUCCCUUCAAGUAUCAUCUCUGGGUCAGUUGUACCUCGCGGAACACGAAAUUGAGGAGUUGGUGACCUUUUACCUGGACCCAAAUGACACGAAACGAGUCAUGUGGAGGGUAUUUGAGGAUGAUAUUGAUCAUGUCUUCACUAUCAAAGAAUUGGACAAAUAUCCAUGCUUGAAGGUCGAUUCGCCACCCCCUGAAGUAAAAGAACUGCCUAAACUCGGUCAGAAUGAGUGGCAGAGUGUAGCAAAGGACAUGAGAAAAUUGUGUGAAGAGACUGUGCAGAAAGUGCGGUAUAGGGUUGAUGAAAGAGGCAUCAAUACCAAGCAAUUCUUCAAGGAUUAUGACCGAUUGAACCACGGCCACGUGUCGCGCAGCCAAUUGCGACAAAUCCUCACUGCUGCGACUAUUUUAUUGUCUCAGGAAGAAAUUUUCGCUCUGGAACAGAGGUACAAUGACGAAAUGGGAUUCAAUUAUGCUCGAUUUCUCCAAGAACUCGAAGCCCUACCAAUAACCAGACCCCUCUAUGAAAAGUUGGUGCAAGAAAAGCGCCUGCUAAACGCAGAAAGGCCUUUGACCAUCCCUUGCCGAAAUGAAAGGGACAUCGUUCUGAUUCUGGGAAAGAUCAAGGCGAAGGUCGUUAGGGAAAGAGUAAAGGUAACAGAAUUUCUUCGUGGUUUUGACCCGCGCAACGAGCUCGCCAUUCCCCGAAAUGAUUUCGCGAGGGGUAUGGAUCAGAUCCGUUGUAAUUUAACACCGACUGAAAUUGAAACCAUAAUGGAUGUCUUCAAAGCCCCUUUGAGAGCCGGAUUCGUGGAUUACGAGAGAUUUGGAAAUGCUGUCGAAGAAGCUGUUACCAUAAGAGCUCUGGAGAAAUCUCCACUGCUAGUGCCUGUACAACACGUGCCAUCUUAUGCAUCACCAAAGACAUUUUUGAACUUCGAGGAACGACAGACGAUUGUUCAAGCUAUGGACAAACUUGUUCGAAUUCGAAAUCAUAAUUUGGAACAAGUUUUCAAGGAUUUUGAUAAAGAGAAUAUUGGAACAGUAACGAAGGACCAGAUGACAAAGGCCCUGUCAGUCCGAAAGAUGUUGGAGUUGUUGAGCAUGAAGGAAGUCGAUACCCUCCACAAAUGUUUUUCAAUCGAAAGGGGAAUGCGUCUCGAGCUCGAUUACAGAGCUUUCCUCCGAGCGCUUGAGCUCGUCCAGGGAAACAAGAGGAUUCUGCACUUCUAAAAUUAUGAGAAACUUGCGU